GUCUAUCCAGAUUUGACGAGGAUGCAUACUCAGUUCAGUUUGUUGUUUUCCUUGGUUUUAGCUGUUGAUCACUGUAGCCCCGGAUCGUGUGCACCAAACGCUCGCUGUAUCAACGAAGGAACAUCAUUUCGUUGCAAGUGUUUGGCGGGGUAUAAAGGAAACGGUACCUUGACUGGUGGCUGCGCGAUAAAGCGAUACAUUAUUCUUCUUCCUGCUAUAGGCGCACCAGCUCUUCUCGUUUUUGGAUUUUUCCUCUGGAAGUUCCGGCCGAAAUUGUCCGCACUGCCAGGCACUAGAAACUUGAAACAUCUUCAGGCCAGUUUCAAAGAAAACUCAAGGAUCUUUACCUGGGCAGAGAUGGAGAGAGCCACCAAGUGCUUCAGAAGCGACCUCAAGUUAGGCACUGGCAGCUUUGGCACAGUCUACAAGGGUAAACUGGACGACGGCACCACGGUGGCUAUCAAGAAAGCCAACAACGGCAAUGCCCCUCGCAUUCAACAGUUUCUGAACGAGGUUACUAUCCUCUCGAAAGUGAACCACAGAAAUCUCGUCAAGAUGCUGGGAUGUUGCAUAGAAAGAGAAGUACCUCUCUUGGUCUACGAGUUCGUGCCAAGAGGAACACUGUACGAGCAUCUGCACAGACGAGGAGAUACGUUAUCCUGGAAAAACCGUUUAAGAAUUGCGACGGAGACAGCGGAGGCUCUUACGUACCUUCACUUUGCAGCUUCUCCGCCGAUAUAUCACCGGGACGUCAAAUCCUCGAACAUCUUGUUGGACGAAAAGCUCACGGCCAAAGUAGCGGACUUUGGGAUUUCCAAGCUGGUACCCAUAGAUUCCACUCACAUUUCCACAACUCUGCAUGGAACACCGGGUUACAUAGAUCCACAGUACCAGCAAAGCUAUCAGCUUACAGAUAAGAGCGACGUUUACAGCUUUGGAGUAGUCAUCUUGGAGGUAAUAACAGGUCAGAUGCCUGUAGACUUCUCUCGCUGUGCUUCAGAUAAAAACCUGUCCACAUUUGCAAUGAGCGUCAUACAAAGAGGAGCCAUCAGCGAGUUGAUCGACAAGAGGUUGGAUGCUAGAACUCCAGAAAUGCUGGAAUGCGUUGCAAAAGUUGCAAACUUGGCAGCUUUGUGCUUACAGUUCGACGGAAGUAGCAGGCCGACAAUGAAGUUUGUUCUUGAAGAGCUUAAAAAGGCAAUGCAACCCCUUAUGGAGUAAGAAGUUUCUAACAAACUUUUGCAAUA